GGCUUCACCGGUGCCUGCCCAUUAAUCAAUUCGCUACAAACGCCGCUUCUGUCAUAGCAAGUCAGCGAGUUUUAUUCGCUAAAAGCGGCUUUGGAAGCCUUUUUGCGUCUCUGUUUUGCGAUGACUAGCAUCUACUGCUUUUACCCACGGUACUGAGUGCCCUUUAUUUGUGGCCCCCACCCAUUAUUCAUCACCCUCUUAAAGGUUCAAGAUGCUGCGAGAGAGUUCUAAGGCAUGGAGCAACGGCUCAGAGGCCUACAGCAGUGACCCCGAGGAGGACGAGGAGGAAGAGGAGGACAUGGUGUUCGGAGACAACGAUCAGGAGUGCGGUGCAGACGAGAUGAUGGACUUGAGCGACCUCCCCACUGCCUUGUUUGCAUGCGGUGUCCAUGAUGCUGUGUUUGAAGAGGACGUACACAGGGAGAGGUUCGAGGCCUUGUUUCGGAUCUACGACGAGCAGGUGACGUUCCAGUUGUUCAAGAGCUUCCGAAGAGUUCGGAUCAACUUCAGCACUCCUGAAGCGGCGGCCCGCGCUCGCAUCGAGCUGCACGAGUCCGAGUUCAAUGGCAAGAAGCUCAAACUCUACUUUGCCCAGAUCCAGAACGGAGACGAAGACAUCGACAAGUCGUACCUGGCGCCCCCUCAGCCGGUCAAGCAGUUCCUGAUCUCGCCGCCCGCCUCGCCGCCUGUCGGCUGGAGCCAGAGCGAAGACGCCACACCGGUCAUCAACUACGACCUGCUGUGCGCUGUGGCCAAGCUGGGACCUGGUGAGAAGUACGAGCUCCACGCCGGCACGGAGUCCACCCCGAGCGUGGUGGUCCACGUGUGUGAGAGCGAGACGGAGGAGGACGAGGCUGCGCGGCCCAAGCAGCAGAUCGUCCAGACCAGACGCCCCGACGCCCCCCCGAAAGUCUUCAACUAGAGACACCCCUCCCUCGCAACGGCGCGGCCCCCGACCGCCCCCUUUAGCUCUCAAACACCCCCACCCCUCCUCCACUACACCCCCCCUUCCUCUCUCUCUCUCUCUGUCUGUCUCUCGCUCUCCCUCGGAGGGCGCCGCCGCCCCCCCAUCUCAACCCCGAGCAAACCAACUUACAUUGCUGGAGACGGCGCUUGCGGCUUGGAUGGACGACGGAUGAGGACCACACACAUCGUAUCCUGCCGACGGCACGGUGGAAGUGUGACGUCAGCGCAGGGCUCCUGCCCCGAACAAGACUCUCAGCUCUCACUUUCUUUUCAUAUCUGUCGCUCUCGUCUGCAUGUAAAUACUGUAUCUAACACAAGUACUGACCAGAUAUUAAAACACAGCAUGAAGCGCCAUUUGUGACUAACAACAAUGUGGUGACUUUUUUAAACCUUGUUUUUUUUUUGUUUUUUUUUUUAGUUUGGAGGUGUUUUGCUAA